AUGCCUAUCAGUGACGCAGAACUUGACGACGCCGUGGAAUUGGCGUUGCGCGCUGCUCAUUUCGCAGCCUUUAUCAUUGAGAGGGCGAUGUCAGAGCGGGAAAGUGCACUUUUGGACAUCACCAGUAAGGCGAGUUCGGUGGAUCUCGUGACGCAGUACGACAAACAGUGUGAGGAGGAGGUUAUAGCAAUUCUUCGUGCCGGGACGCCGUAUUACGAUAUACUCAGCGAGGAAACUCACGCCAGCGUGGAGCUCAGCGAUAAACCCACGUGGAUCGUGGACCCUAUAGAUGGCACCACAAGUUUUAUUCACGGUCUCUUUGACUGUAGUGUGUCCAUUGCUCUGGUUGUUGAUAAAGAGCCGAUCCUCGGUGUUGUUAGUGCGCCGCGGCUUCACGAGGUUUACUCGGCUGCCCAGGGCCGUGGGGCGUAUUGCAACGGACAACGUAUUCACGUUUCAGAGACACGCACACUUCAAGAAUCUGUUGUUCUCUUGCACAUGGCUGUUAACCGUACUGAGCCUGCGGUGAAGAGUUAUAUUUCCAUGCAAAAGGAGCUUGCCAGCAUUCCUGUUCGUGGAGUCCGAAAUUACGGUUCAGCAGCACUUGACAUGUGCUUUGUUGCUGGCGGUAGGGCGGAACUGUACUUCGAGGUGGGCACAUAUGCUUGGGACAUCGCUGCUGCUACCAUCAUUGUUCGUGAGGCAGGUGGUGUGGUUCACAAUAUCGACAACGCACAGUCCCUUGAUCUUAUGUCACGUGGGUUCUGCUGCGCCAACUCGCUGGAGCUCUCCAAGGUAGGGAUUGAACUUUCUAGUAAGCACCAUUACAAAGAGACCACAUUGGGGACUUAG